AUGGGUAACAACUCGGACAAGAUCUACGUCACGUACUCCGAGCACGCUGCUGGCGGCCACACGGCCUCGAGUGGUGGCAAGGCGGCCGAGAAGGGCCGGCAGGAGAUGAUGCGGCUUCCAUUUGACUGCUGUGCCCUCUCGCUCCAGCCGUUCAAGAACCCCGUCGCAGUCAUACAAGAUACCAAGCCCGGUGAAGAACGGAGGGCCGACGUCUUCGACCUUGUCAACAUUGUCCCUUACGUGCGCAAGUUCAAGACCAAUCCCGUGACCGGCAAGCCGCUCAAUACAUCUCAGCUGCUCAAGCUCAACUUCUCCAAGAACGUCGAAGGGAACUAUCACGACCCGAUCACGUUCAAGGUCUUCUCCAACCAUGUGCAUAUCGUCUUUCUCAAGAAUACAGGGAAUGUGUUCGAUAUGGCUUCGCUCCAGCUCCUCGCUAUCAAGCCCAAGACUUGGCGGGAUUUGGUUAGCGACGAGCCGUUUACCCGCGAGGAUAUCAUCACAAUCCAGGAUCCGGCGAAUGCCAAGAACCGCGAUGCGCGUGAUUUUGACUAUGUCAAGAACCAGAAGAAGGUGUCGCAGGAGGAUAUGGCGGAUCCAUUGAAGGGGAUCAACGUUAAUGCGGCGGGCGGAGCGAGUAAGGUGCUCAAGAUGCUUGCGGAGAAGACACGGUCUGAGAACCCGUCGCCGUCGCCGUCGCCGGCACCGGAGGAGAAGGAGGGCGUCGUGGUCCAGCCUAGGAAAGAGACUCUGGCCUAUAACGCAACCAACUUUACGACUGGGCGAGCAGCCGCGUCGCUGACGAGCACAACUUUGGGGCCAGAGGUCAAGAACGAGCGCGCAAUGUAUGACGAGGAAGAGCUCAUGUUCGACGAGCUGUCAAAGCCAAUAAAGGACAAGGACAGGCUAAAGUCGCGCGCGUAUGCGACGAUCAUGACCAACUUUGGUGGCCUCAACGUCGAGCUGUACGGCGACCGCGCCCCGAAGACGGUAUACAACUUCAUCCAGCUCGCCAAGAAGGGAUACUACGACGGCGUCGUAUUCCACCGCCUCAUCCCUGGAUUUAUGAUUCAAGGAGGAGACCCGACGGGCACGGGACGGGGUGGCAAGUCGUUCUGGGGCGAGCCGUUCCGGGACGAAUUUGCCGCCAAAGGCGCGUUCAAGCACGAUGCGCGCGGUGUCCUCUCCAUGGCGAACAGUGGGCCAAACACGAACGGCUCGCAGUUCUUCAUUACGUUCCGCGAGACGCCGCACCUCAACAACAAACAUACGGUAUUUGGCAAACUCGUCGGUGGUGAGGACGUGUUGAAUACCGUUGAACGUAUCCCCGUCCGGCCGGGAGGGGAUACACCCACGAAGACGAUCAAGAUCACCGGCGUGCAGGUUCUCCAGGACCCCUUUGAGGAGUACCAGACUCGGUUGGCUGCCAAGGUCGCCCGGUCGGACCAGAGCGCCGAGGCGCAGGCUAAGCGGGCUGCUGCAAGGGAGAAGCGCGAGAAGGACCGCACGACUUGGCUCGGGACGGAUCUUGGGGCCAAGGGCGAGAGUCGGGAGGAGAGGGAGGCUCGGAAACGCAAAGCUGAGGAUGAUGGGGUUGGCAAGUAUAUCGCCAAGGCUAAGGCCAAGACGCCCAAGGUUGCGCCGGUCGAGUUUGGGGUUGAGAAGAAGAAGCGCAAGCCGGGGGGUUUUGGCGACUUUUCGGGGUGGUAG